AUGGUGCGCGCCUUUUCCAAAUUCCCCAAGAAGCCCGCGGGCUGGCUACCACCCUCAGCGCCGCUGGAGCAGCGGAAGCAAGUAUUCCUUCCCGAGUUUACGAUCGCCCUAAUCCGCACCCCUUUCCUUCCACCCCGCUUCGCCUCGUUCCACGUCCCUCUGAGCUUCAACAAACUCGACAUGCGCGACUACCUGCAGCGUCUGUAUGGAGUCGACGUUCUCGGCGUCCGCAGCUACAUUGAACAGCAGAAGAUCACCCGCCUUCGGCCGAUGGGUAGAUGGGGCUAUGGGAAGUUGAGGAGACCGGAGUCGAAGAAGAGGAUGACGGUUGAGAUGAAACAGCCGUUUGUGUGGCCUGAUGCGCCGGCGGAUAUGUCUCCAUGGGAGAAGGACCAGUUCUUCAGAGCCGCCAAGUACCAAGAAGAUAUCCAGAAAGCAAACCGUCCUGAUGCCGGCAUGGAACCGAACAAACCUGAGCGCGAGGCUUUCGAGGAAGAAGCUAAGCAGCUGCUGGAAGGAAAGAAGGCCUGGAGACCGACUUGGCAGGCGUUGGGUCUUAGCUAUGACCGGUCAGCGCUCGGUAGAGGGAACAAUGCUCCGACGAGUUGA